GGCCGGUGGCCCAGGCUUGGGAUGGACAGCCUCCAGGACACAGUCCCCCCGGGCCGAGGGGGCCGCUGCCCUAUCCUCUGCAGGCUGGUCCCUAUCGGCUUUGGGGCCGAGGCGUGGAUGCUCCUUGUCCUUUCUGGACCCCUGUUCCUCUUCCAGCUGCUCACCUUCAUGAUCUACAUCGUGAGCUCUGUGUUCUGCGGGCACCUGGGCAAGGCGGAGUUGGCGUCAGUGACCCUCUCGGUGGCCUUUAUCAAUGUCUGCGGGGUUUCCGUAGGAUUCGGCUUGUCCACGGCGUGUGACACCUUAAUGUCCCAGAGCUUUGGCAGCCCCAACAAGAAGCACGUGGGGGUCAUCCUGCAGAGGGGCACGCUGCUGCUGCUUCUCUGCUGCUUCCCCUGCUGGGCGCUCUUCCUCAACACCCAGCAGAUCCUGCUGCUCUUCGGGCAGGACCCGGUGGUGUCCAGGCUGACCCACGAGUAUGUGCUGAUUUUCAUCCCAGCACUUCCGGUGACUUUUCUUUAUGGCCUGCUGGCAAAAUAUUUGCAAAAUCAGGGGAUCAUCUGGCCCCAAGUCCUCAGUGGAGUUGUGGGCAACUGCGUCAACUGCUUGGCCAACUACAUCCUGGUUUCCCUGCUGAGCCUGGGCAUCAGGGGCUCUGCUUACGCCAACACCAUCUCCCAGUUCGUGCAGACCACCUUCCUCUUUCUCUACAUUGUGCUGAAGAAGCUGCACCUGGAGACGUGGGCAGGCUGGUCCAGCCAGUGCCUGCAGGACUGGGGCCCCUUCCUCUCUCUUGCCAUCCCCAGCAUGCUCAUGAUAUGUACCGAGUGGUGGACCUACGAGAUCGGGAGCUUCCUCAUGGGCCUGCUCAGCGUGCUGGACCUCUCUGCCCAGGCCGUGAUCUACGAGGUGGCCACUGUAGUCUACAUGAUUCCCAUGGGACUCGGCAUGGCAGUCUGUGUCCGAGUGGGGACGGCCCUGGGAGCUGCAGAUACCAUGCAAGCUAAGCGAUCGGCCAUCUCAGGUGUUCUCUGCACAGUUGGCACCUGGCUGGUUGUGGGCACCCUGUUGAGCAUCGUGAAAAAUAAAUUGGGGCGUAUUUUUACCAAUGAUGAAGAAGUCAUUGCCCUGGUGAACGAGGUCUUGCCGAUUUAUAUCGUCUUUCAUCUAUUUGAGGCCAUCUGUUGUGCCUAUGGUGGAGUCCUGAGAGGAACCGGCAAGCAGGCCUUCGGAGCCAUUGUGAACGCGGUCAUGAAUUACGUUGUCGGCCUCCCGCUGGGCAUCAUUCUGACCUUUGUGGUCAGAAUGAGAAUCAUGGGCCUCUGGCUGGGCAUGCUGGCCUGUGUCCUCCUGACAGCUGCUGCCUUGGUCAUCUAUACUGCCCGGAUGGACUGGAAGCUGGCUGCAGAGGAGGCUCAAAAACACGCCGGGGUGCAGCAGCAGCAGAGCGCUGAGAGCACGGAGAACACUGCGGGCACAGCCCCCAGACUUGGGCCUGAAGAAGCUGUUGUAUCUUCAGUGGCUACGGGCAGCUCCCCUGGCAUUACCCUGACAACGUACUCAAGGCCUGGGUGCCAUUUAGACCUCUUCAGGACUCCGGAAGCAGCUCAUACCCUUUCAGCUCCUGCGAGCAGCCUGUCAGUGAAACAGCUGGCCAUUCGCCGUGGGGCUGCUCUGGGGGCAGUGUCAGCCACGCUGACAGCGGGGCUCAUCAUCAGCGUCCUCACCACCAGGCACUAGCAAAGCACCUUGGAGACAGAAAGGAAGCCAAGAGUGGCCAUCCCACCACACACCCACACACGGGCC